AAUAAAAUGCUGAUAAAUUUGAUCGAAAGGUUUAAGAUCAUAAUGCCUUGUGGAAUCCUUGAGCUAGGAGUCCCAGUGAUGGUACCAUUGAAGCUGAAUCAUACAAACUUUACAAUUGAUCAACACGGGUGGAUUCAAUUCGACGCGGAACUCAAUAAUAUCUUGAUCGAGGAUUUGGAUAAAUUUGAUAUUGUUGAUGUGAACCUGAAGAUAUUGCAAUUUCAAUUAGAUUUCAAUUUGUUCUUUCACUCCAUCAAAACCACUGGCGAAUAUAAGGCACAUGGAAAAGCUUUUGGACUUAUACCUUUCAACAGAAGUGGUAGUUUCACUUUCAACCUGAUUGGCCUACAUCUUGAUGGCACAAUCAAAAUAGGAAUGAAUAGUGAUCAAGUAAUGAUAAACGACUUUAAAAUACGACUAACCGUCGAUUUGGUUGAAUCAAAGUUCGAGGAGGUAUUCCUGUUCCCUUUGAACACGCUGAUAUUUAACAAAAUUAUUGAGGGACUGGUACCUAAACUACUUAAGGAUUAUCAGCAGCAAGUGUCGCAACAUCUGGAGAAUUUUAUCAAACCACAAGUGAAUGAAAUUCUACGAGGUUACACUGUACAAGAGUUAGGUAGUUUGGUGGAAAACAGCUCGAUACUUCUAACUAGUUGUUCAAGAUAA